GGCUGCCCACAAGGGAACAAGAAUCUAGUGGAGAAACUAUCUUGUUUUGUCUCUUGUGGUGGGGGUGAUUCGGGUCUUCUGCCCCUCUGUGGGCUGUGUAUAAGCCUGAGGCUUUUUCUCAUCUCGACCCCACAUCAAAAUAAAAGGUGCCUCUGUUGCUGAAAAGGGGAUGUUGUCAGUGGGAAAGUGCAAGCAGUAAUGAAAAAUGAGGAAGAAGAUUCUUGUCCAGGCUAAGCCAAAAGGGAGAGCAUUCAAGGAAGCAGGCAGUGGGGCAAAGUACAUCUCCCAGUGCAUUGAUGAGAUCAAACAGGAGCUCAAGCAGGAUAACAUUGCAGUGAAAGCGAAUGCUGUUUGCAAACUUACAUAUUUACAGAUGCUGGGCUAUGACAUCAGUUGGGCUGCAUUCAAUAUUAUUGAAGUAAUGAGCGCAUCCAAGUUUACAUUCAAAAGAAUUGGUUACCUAGCUGCCUCUCAGUGCUUUCACGAAGGGACUGAUGUAAUUAUGCUGACUACCAAUCAGAUUAGAAAGGAUCUGAGUAGCCCUAACCAGUAUGAUACUGGAGUAGCACUGACUGGUUUGUCCUGUUUUGUUACUCCAGAUCUUGCCAGAGACUUGGCAAAUGACAUCAUGACUCUGAUGUCUCACACAAAGCCUUAUAUCAGGAAGAAGGCAGUGUUAAUCAUGUACAAAGUGUUUUUGAAGUACCCCGAGUCCCUCCGUCCUGCGUUCCCUCGCCUUAAAGAGAAACUGGAAGAUCCAGAUCCUGGUGUCCAGUCUGCGGCAGUAAAUGUUAUUUGUGAGCUGGCCAGACGCAAUCCCAAGAACUACCUGUCUCUUGCUCCACUCUUUUUUAAGUUGAUGACGUCUUCAACCAAUAAUUGGGUCCUCAUUAAAAUUAUAAAGUUGUUUGGUGCUCUUACUCCAUUAGAACCUAGGCUGGGAAAGAAAUUGAUUGAGCCGCUCACUAAUCUCAUACAUAGCACCUCGGCCAUGUCUCUUCUGUACGAAUGUGUGAACACAGUGAUAGCAGUUCUGAUAUCUCUAUCCUCUGGGAUGCCCAAUCACAGUGCCAGCAUCCAGCUCUGCGUUCAGAAGUUAAGAAUACUAAUAGAAGACUCUGAUCAGAACUUGAAGUACCUGGGUUUGUUAGCAAUGUCCAAAAUCCUGAAAACUCAUCCCAAGUCAGUUCAGUCCCACAAGGAUCUCAUUCUCCAGUGUCUGGACGACAAGGAUGAAUCCAUCCGACUCAGAGCAUUAGAUCUCCUGUAUGGCAUGGUGUCCAAAAAGAAUCUGAUGGAGAUAGUGAAGAAACUGAUGAUUCAUGUGGACAAAGCGGAAGGGACAACGUACCGAGAUGAGUUACUCACCAAAAUCAUAGACAUAUGUAGCCAGUCCAACUACCAGUACAUCACCAACUUCGAAUGGUACAUAAGCAUCCUGGUGGAACUGACCCGGUUGGAAGGUACUCGGCACGGUCACCUUAUAGCGGCUCAGAUGCUGGAUGUAGCUAUCCGGGUUAAAGCCAUCCGUAAGUUUGCCGUUUCCCAGAUGGCUAUGCUCCUGGACAAUGCCCAUCUGAUAGCCAGCAACGCCCAGAGGAACGGCAUCUGUGAGGUGCUCUAUGCUGCUGCCUGGAUAUGCGGGGAGUUCUCCGAACACCUUGAGGAAUCCAACCAGACAUUAGAAGCAAUGCUGAGGCCUAAAGUUACCACUCUACCAGGCCACAUCCAGGCAGUUUAUGUCCAGAACAUGGUAAAGCUUUAUGCAUCCAUCCUACAACAGAAGGAGCAAGCUGGGGAGAAGGAAGCAGCCCAGGAAAUUACCCAGCUGAUGAUCGAUCGUUUGCCUCAGUUUGUGCAGAGUGCAGAUCUGGAAGUUCAAGAGAGGGCUUCUUGCAUCUUACAGCUGAUUAAAUACAUUCAGAAGCUACAAAUAAAAGAGGUGCCCGUAGCCGAGGAAGUGAUAGCCCUGUUUGCGGGAGAACUGAACCCGGUAGCUCCUAAAGCCCAGAAAAAAGUCCCAGUUCCGGAAGGUUUGGACCUUGACGCUUGGAUCAAUGAGCCUCCGUCAGAUAGUGAGUCUGAAGAUGAAAAACCCAAAACAAUUUUCCAUGAUGAAGAGCAAAGGCAUUCUAGACCGAGACAGCCAGAAAUUGAUGAGGAAGAGUUAGCCAGGCGCCGAGAAGCCCGGAAACAGGAACAAGCAAACAAUCCAUUUUAUAUUAAAAGCUCUCCUUCCCCACAGAAGCGAUACCAAGAUACGCCAGGUGUGGAGCAUAUACCUGUGGUCCAGAUUGACCUUUCUGUUCCCUUAAAAGUUCCAGGAAAGCCCACGUCCGACCAGUAUGUGAAGCUGGAGGAGGAGCGGCGGCACAAACAGAAGCUUGAGAAAGACAAGAAGAAGAAACAGCAGAAGAAGGAGAAAGAGAAGAAAGGCAAGCAUCGCCGCCAUACCUCCCUGCACACGGAGAGCGAGGAGGACAUCGCCCCGGCCCAGCACGUGGACAUCAUCACCGAGGAGAUGCCGGAGAACGCGUUGCCCAGUGAUGAGGAUGACAAAGAUCCCAACGAUCCGUACAAGGCCCUGGAUGUCGACCUGGAUAAACCCUUAGCCGAUAGCGAGAAGCUGCCCGUGCAGACACACAGAAAUGCUGAGAACCUGAAAUCACCAGACACUGAAGCUCCGUUAGUAGAAAAAAGGAGCAAGAAACCUAAAAAGAAGGAAAAGAAACACAAAGAAAAAGAGCGUGAGAGAGAAAAGAAGAAAGAAAAAGACAGAAAGGUGGCUGAAGAAGGGAACAAGGGGGAAGACUUGGACUUCUGGCUCUCCACUGCCCCACCACCUGCCGCCCCUGCACAGGCACAGAGCGAGCCCGAGGGGAGCGCUGCCGGAGCUGAGCCGGAGGAGCGGCAAGAGGCCCAGAGGAACGAGCAAGAGGAGGAGGAUGCCGAAGGAAAGAAAGCCUCCAAGCAUAGGAAGAAGCACAAGAAGAAGGAGGAGAAGCCCAAGGACAAGAAGAAAUCCAAGAAGCACCACGGCAGCAAGGAGGAGCCGGCAGCGUCGGGGCCGAACGGGACGCUGGACGAUGAACCGCUGCCGCCCAUGUCCAGUUACUGCCUUCUUGCUGAGAAUUCGUACAUUAAAAUGACAUACGACAUUCAAGGAAACCUCCAGCAUGACAGUCAAGUCACGGUCUCGGUGAUCUUUGAAAACAAGAGUGCUAGCUUCCUGAAGAGCAUGGAGUUGAAUGUCCUGGACUCUCUCAACGCUAAAAUGCUCCGGCCGGAAGGGUCAUCAGUACACGAUGGGAUACCUGUGCCGUUCCAGCUGCCCCCUGGGAUCUCUAACGAAGCCCAGUUCGUGUUUACUCUGCAGAGCAUCGUGAUGGCUCAGAAACUAAAAGGAACCCUGUCCUUUAUAGUCAAAAAUGAUGAAGGUUCAACCCAUGAAAAACUAGAUUUCAAAUUGCACUUCAGUUGCGCUUCAUAUUUGAUCACAACGCCCUGCUAUAGUGAUGCUUUUGCCAAGCUGCUGGAGUCUGGGGACCUGCACAUGAGCUCUCUAAAAGCAGAUGGAAUUAGCGUUUCUUUCCAACAUCUACUAGCAAAGAUUUGUUUUUAUCAUCACUUUUCAGUUGUGGAGCGCGUUGACUCGUGCGCAUCAAUGUACAGUCGUUCCAUCCAGGGCCAUCACGUCUGCCUGCUGGUGAAAAAGGGAGAGAAUUCCGUAUCCGUUGACGGAAAAUGUAACGAUUCCACCCUGCUGAGCAAUUUGCUGGAUGAGAUGAAAGAGACAUUGUCCAAGUGCUGAAUAUUCUUUAUAACUGUGGCAACGACACGCGAUGCACUUAAGGUGUGAAGACAGAUCCAAGUGUUCCAUGUCUCCCUUGUACGCAUGUACUAUCUCGGGGCACGUGCUUUUCAGUUAACUCCACUAUCGUUUGCAGUUUAGACAUUUUAUGGCUGCACGUUCCCUGUUUAAUUUUGAACCUUUUUACCAGCGGGCGUAUAACCCUUUCCAGCCCAGAGCGCCUGACCUCGGGGUUAUUUAUUCAGCCAUUCCCAGCCAUCCAGUGCAGCCUGCCUCCCAGGUGGAGCAGAACGGUUAGCGGGAGCAACAUCUGGGGCUUACACAUGUUAACCUGGUUAAUACAGGAGGCUGUCUUGGCCCAUCUCUGUGGAAUGUGUCUGCUUUAGUGGAGGGGUUAUUUUAGCAAAAGCUGCCCUUGGCGCUGAAGGCAGCUACCCUCUCUGCCCCAAGUUCAUUUGGUCCCAAAUAUCAACACCCUUGAUAUCCUAAGAGUGAAUCUGUAUGCGCCUGGCAGGAGUUGGGGACCCUCCUGGGGUUCUGCUGAUGGUAGCUGCCUCGGACCCGCCUAUCUAUUACGACAGCUACCACCUGGGCUGAAAAGGGUUGGUGGAUUCCUCAGUCCUUUGCUCCUGUUCACCCCGAAACAAGGCCUAUUGAACAUCUCCCCGCCAGUGAUUUCAGUGGACUUCACAAAGCACAGCCGAGACCUCACAUUCCUGAAAAGUUAGAAUGUAGCAAAGAAAGGAGAAAUCCAAAGGGUUUUUGUUCCUGUUUUUUAAUUUCUUUAUACUGUGGCUCAGCAGAUGAGGUUGUGACCAGUAGCAGGUUGGAGAAAGAGCCACUGAAAAUACCUCCUGCUCCAGACUGUCGGUUUCCGUGUUCUCAGUGUUGCGCUGUGACAGUGUGUUUAAUUGGCACUGGGAAAAGUGUGCUGGCCCAGCCCAGACAUACCUGCACAGAUAAGGGGAAGGGCAGGAGUGGCUGGAGAACUCGACACAUUUGUGGUUGCGAUAGAGUUACUACCAGGCUGCGAAGGAGGGUCUGACAAAACGACUCUGUUGGUGAGAAUUCACUUGGAAUCAUUGGCUGGAAAGGGUGUUUUCUGCCACUGAAGUACAACUAAGGACUGGACUAUUGCCUGGCUGGCAUCGCUUUCCAGGAUCACUCGUUUUCACAUUCUGUGUGCUGUUCUGUUUCCAGCAGACUUGGCCUGUGCUAAGCAGUUAACUGAGAUGUGGGUGAAGAACUGCCACUUGCUAUUCCAGAGGGGCCCCUGUGAGUAGAUAGACGUGUACAAUGUCUGCACUUAAUUUUUUGGUGACUCCCCUCUCCCCCCACAACAACCGUCAGUAUUGCACAGUAGACGUGUGAUACAUACCCUGCAGCCUGGGGACAAAAGGUGAGGUCAGCGCUUCACCCUCAUCUCACCUUUGGAGAGAGACGCUGCACCUCUACCCUCUCCCCCAAGUGGGGCGUAUUGCGAGGCCCAGCACUGAAUGCUGGCGCCGUAGUGUGUUUGGUAAUGACCAUCCACCUCCCUUGGUUAGCCAGUUAGUGUAUUAGAAACUGAACAUAUUCAAAUGGUCUUAAAGGAGAAUGUUCCGUAAUCAGCGAGGGCGGGGAAUUAAAAAUUCAUGGAUGAAAACUGUCACUUUAGCAUGUAGAGUCUCUUCAGGAAUCCUGUGCAGUGAUUCUAGACCUUUGAAACUGUAUGAUGUGUUAUAUUAAAGAAUUUAUUUGCUAUCAACAUUCCCUUACAAAGACAGACCACAAGCUGCUGUAACAAUUUUGUGUCAAGAUGAUCUAAUAAAAUUUCAAAACAAAA